AUGGUACUACAGUAUGAUGAGAGCGUUCGCAACCUGCUGUAUCGGAGAUCAUGCCAAUACACGCAGGGUGAGCGCUCAGGAGGCCACGUCGAGGAGGCCGCCGACCUCGUCGAGAAGGUGAAGAACUUCACCAAGCGUUAUCCGAAUAGUCGGACAGCUUAUGCUUGCAGAGCUGAGGGGGGAUGCACUCCCGACGCUAUCGCUGAAGCCAUCCGCUCGACAUGUCGGCAGGCGAGACGCGACCUGUUUGAAGACUCUCUGAGCGAAUGGAGCUCAGAGUCGAAAGCAUGGUUUAUUCAACAGAUGGAGGAGGCCAAGAAGCAGAAUGUCGAGACAUACAUCGGCACCGAAGGCACCGAGGGGACCUCCUUCAUCUCCAUGACUCUCCUAGGGAUUUCCUCGAUGUUUGUUCGACAAGAAGAAAAGUUGAAAACGAAGCUUAUGGACCUAGGUCUCAUGGUAGACUCAGUCGAUGGAGUCGACAAGGCCAUCAUGUGGAAAGCACCUUACAGACCUGAGAUAGCACGAGCAGACGACAUCUCAGUCACCGUCUCCUUCCUUCGGAAUGAAGCAGCCAUGGAGCUAUGGGAAGGCAGGAGAGAAUACACUAUCGAAGGGAGAGUCUUUCGAGCCACAGAGGUGAGCAUAGCACACGACCGGUCCUUCAAGCUUCGAGCCAAGCGAGGACCUGGGGGCAAGGGAGGGAGCCUUGCCGAGCUAUCACAGCUCCUAGCUCUCGGAGGAAUGUCGACGGCCGAGAUCGCUCAGAUUUAUCGAUUUCAGCUGCUCUCGCAAUCUCUUGCAGCCGCAGAGGUACAACCGCUUGCAGGCAUGCUCGUGCAGGGUGCUGGGCAGAGAGGUCGCAAGGGGCCGAGCCCGAAGACGUAUGUCGCUGUUGGGGCAAGUACGGGAACUCUCCAGCAAAAAGAGCUGGAGUGGGUGCUCAGCUCGCCUUCGACGGCAAGUUGCGAGCAGACCUUGGCCUCGUUCAGAGAGAGCGAGGCGAUGGAGGGGGUGCAUCUCACUCUCAUCAGCGACGACGCCAAGCUCAGAGAGACGUUUGCAGUCGAGCUCACAGCCGACACCUUCGUUCCUAGGGGAAAGAUCGCCAAGCAGAGGAGGGCACUUCGCGAGAGAGAUCAUGCGGGGCGCAGCAGCUUCAGAGUGCAGAUCAAGUCGAGGUCAAGCAUGAGCACAGGCCGCUUCUCGAGGAAGGAGAUGGAAGCGCUGUGCGGAGGAGGUAACACAUCGAUCACGAGAGUCAAGCGAGCCAUGUUGGAGUUAGCAAGAAGGAUAGGCGUGACGCCGGUCAGCGUCGAGGUCGAGGAGGAUCGUGACACGCUCAGCUGGGACGGAAGCUCGAUAGCUCUCUCCCUGGCGACCAAGGCAGACGCUCGACGCCUGAUGGACGACAUGCCCUUUUACUUGGAAGGGAUCCUGGAAGUCAAGCUCGAAGCGGUGGGGUUCAAGCUCAACGGGCCUCAGCAUGAGGAGGAGAGGAGCCCGAGCAGCGAGGAGCAAGCCCAAGAGCCCCAAGGGCAGCAGCAAGGCGCUGGAUGGCUGGAGCUCAGCGACAUCGACAGGAUCACCAUGGAAGCAGCGUCGCCGUCAGGGCCAGUCGAUCAACAGGUCUUGGUCGACCUCUCGACGAUGCUCUUGGAGACAUCAGAGGAGGAGCUGCUAGCUGGCAAGCCGAUCUCUCUGGAGCUAGACAAGAGUGUUGGGAAGCUGCAUGACACCUUCUGCUCGCCGGGCAACGUGGAGUUCAUGACGCUCGGAGCUUGGGCAGCCACGCCGACGCUGGGAUCGAAGCGAAACAUGUUGAAAGAAAAGCUCAGAGCGUACCUCGGCGAGCAGCGCUGGACUCGGGUGCAAGGGAACAAGGCAGCGAGGAGGGGCAGCGCCUUCUCUCCAAGGGCAGCAGCGACUGAUGCGCUCGAGCAGGAGGCCGAGAGCGAUGACAUCGAGAGUCGAUCUGUAAGCCUCUUGUUUCUUGCGAUCAGUAAAUUUGCUGAGAACCAUGGGUUGAGCUGCACGGGCAAGGUCGACAAGCAAGACCGACUGCGGCUGAUGAUGAGGGAGGAAGUCGACAUGGAGGCUGAGGAGGGCGAGGGCGAGGAGGAGGAGGCCGGUGCAGGCCCCUCGCGCGCUUGA